UUCGCGAAAUUUCAUUCACGGACUAUCUUGUUUGUUAAUGGAAACUGUUUUUAGCUGGAGAUAGCUCUCGCUAUUGCCUGAGCAAGGCAAAUGUCAAAGUUUCAAGAGCUUAAGCGGGAGCUUAGUAUCCUGGAAAAAACCUUUGGCCCACGGCACGAGCAUUUCCGGGUUGAAGCCAACGGUUUGGACGAAGUGACGUGCCGAUUCCUCGCAACAAAUGGCGAACAUGUAGUCCACUGCAAUAUCUUUGAAUCCUAUCCUAACCCACCCCCGAUGUGGUUUGCUGAAAGCGAAGAUGCGAAAAUCACUCAGAUACUCGAAUUCUUGAGUAGUAUUGAGCCUUCAGCGCCCAAUUUGCUUCUUCGCUCAACAAAAUACUUGGCGAAGGAGUUGUAUAAAUGGCAAGACCUUCCUAUACCAUCACACAUAGACAACCUAGAUCUUGUACAGCUCAUACACGAAGAUGUUGAGGUAAAAGAGUCAACAACCUCUCAAGAAGAUGAGGAAAGUGAGGAUGAAGGUUUAGAAGAGGGUCAUGAUGAUAGUGAGGAUUCUGAUAAUUAUGAAAUGGAAGAAGAUACAGAACAAGACUCUAACAAAGAACUUCAGGAUAUUGGGGCAGCAAAUUAUGCAGUAUUGGAGAGGAUACGAGUGAAUAGAAGGGAAGACCACCUCAAGGGGACAGUGAGUGGAUCUAUCCAAGCUACUGACAGAUUAAUGAAAGAACUUAGAGAUGUGUACAGAUCUGAGAGUUUCAAAACAGGGACAUAUUCUGUAUGCCUCAAUAAUGACAACUUAUAUGACUGGACAAUAAAAAUUAUAAGGGUUGACCCAGACAGUACAUUACACAAAGACCUGAUGCAGCUUAGAGGUCAAGAGGGUACAGAUCAUGUGUUGCUAAACAUGACAUUUACAGAUAAAUUUCCAUUUGAUCCCCCAUUUGUCAGAGUUGUGUAUCCAGUAUUAACAGCAGGUUAUGUCCUCAGUGGGGGAGCUCUUUGCAUGGAAUUACUAACACCUCAGGGCUGGAGUAGUGCAUACACUGUUGAGGCUGUUAUAAUGCAAAUAGCUGCUACAUUAGUGAAAGGAAAAGCUAGGAUAAACUUUCAAGAAAACAAAAAGCCAGGUGUUUACAGUCUAGUUCGAGCUCAACAAUCUUUUAGGUCUUUGGUUCAGAUCCAUGAGAAAAAUGGCUGGUACACUCCACCUAAACAUGAAGGAUGAAAAGUUAAUUAAUGCCUGUGAUUUCUCUUAAAGAGUGCAUGAUGUCUUUUACACAAGAUAUUUUUAUGAUAGUUCAGCCACAUUAUAAUUGAUAUGUACAGUUACUGUAGAAGUAUAACAUUAUCAAAAUGCUAGCUAUAGUGAUUAUAUCUUCUCUUACUACUUUCCUACAGAAAUGAAGUUGUAUUGAAUUUUUUGCAAUAGCAUGUUGUAUGGCAACUGAUGCACACUGCAUCAGUAAAUGUUCUUUCAUAAUACAUGUAUGGUUCAAUUUAAUGUACUUUCAGGGGACUAAUAUAGGCGAGGAAUAGGGUAUGGUGAACUUUACAUAAUUAUGUGGUGCAGAUGCCAAUUGUUCCAUAUUCUUACUUUUGUCAGUCCUCAAAGUCUCCCAGAUGUGGUGCAUGUAUACAUGUGUAUGUAUAUGUUUAUUAUUGAUACCUACUGUCUGAAGGGUGGUACGUGAACAUGUUUAUCCAGGAUGCCCCACCGUCUCCUAGGAGUGGGGCAUUUAUGUGUUCAUUCUUGGUGCCCCAUUGUUUCCAAAGAGUAUCCUUAGUAGUCUUGUUCUUUGUUACUUACCGGUAGAUGUAGAGUUAUGUCUAGAGAAUUCAUGGAAAGUUUAUUAGCUGGAGGUCUUGAGAGUUCAGUCAGAGGGUGCUGUGGUAGAAUUGUAGAAUUGAGUGCAAAUCUCCUUUCCUAACAAGUCCCUUUCCUGGUGAUGAGUUCACCUUUUCUGUGCCCAGAAUCCUUGGAUAAUUUGUCACCCUAAGUAAAGUGAGACAUGAGGUAAUUUUGCUUGAUUUCGAUAUCUUUUCUUUAGAUUUCAGGUAGUCAUUGCAGUUGAUAAUUUUAGCAGUUCAGUUAGUAGAAGUCUCUCUAAAGUUUUCAAUUUUCUAGCUCUCCAGGUUGUUGGUUGUUGUUAGUCAGUAAGUAUUGUAUAUAGUGCCAUCUUUACUGGUGAAGAAUAAAAGGGAUAGUUUGUUAUCUUA